GGCAUUUUCUGCUUUUUUGCAUAGACUCAAAUUUUACGCAUCUUUUCACCCUACUCAUUAAAGCAAAAGACGCAUCUCAAGAACAUAUUAUGAUGCAAGAACAACCAACUUCGUCUGACCAAAAGUUGACAGCCAGAACACUUUCAUGGAAGCGAGAUCAGACCAAUGGCGACUCAUCUUCAGUCAACAAUGUUGUCCGCAGCCCAGACGAGAUCGAAGCAGCACCCGAAGAAGAGAAGAAAAAGCGAUGGAUAGAACCCACUGCCAGACAAGGCUUUAAUGCCAUUGUCAGAUCUAGUUGGCUCAAUGUCCUCUUGGUUUUCAUACCUGUCGGCAUUGCAUCGCAUUUCAUGACUAGCUGGCCAGCCACUAUCCCAUUUAUCUUCAACUUUAUAGCUAUUAUCCCUUUGGCAAAACUAUUAGGCUUUGCAACCGAAGACUUGUCUCUGCGAGUUGGAGAGGUUCUUGGCGGUCUGUUAAACGCAACUUUUGGAAAUGCCGUUGAAUUGAUUGUGUCAAUCAUCGCCCUUGUGCAAGGCUUGGUUACCGUUGUACAGGCGUCUAUGCUGGGAUCUAUCUUAUCCAACUUACUUCUUGUGUUGGGAAUGUGCUUCUUUUUCGGCGGCCUCAAGUUCAAGGAGCAAAGCUUUAACGUCACAGCCGCUCAAACCUCUGCAUCUUUGCUCUUCAUUGCUACCAGCUCACUUUUACUUCCUGCUGCCUUCUAUGGCUCUGCCUAUGGUCUCAGUAACGAAAACAAAGCCGAUGUUACAAAAGAAAUUUUAAGCAUUUCCAGAGCUACCUCCAUCAUUUUGUUGAUCAUCUACGCCGGAUUUCUGUUUUUCCAAUUGAAAACACACAAGUCUUUCUUCUUGGAAGCUCCUAAAGAAGCCGGUAAAUUUGAACGCAGCAAUUCACGUCUCGUGCGUUCCGAUACGGAAGCAGCUGCUGGCAAUCAGAAUGAAGAAGAGGAAGAAGAGGAAGCACCCUUGAUGCCCUUGUGGAUGUCCAUGGUUUUGUUGACUGUUAUCACUGUAUUUGUUGCCGUUUGCGCCGAAUUCUUAGUUGAUGCAAUCAGUGCUGUUUGUGAGGCCUGGGGUGUGUCACAAACCUUUGUUGGUUUGGUUUUGCUUCCCAUAGUAGGAAAUGCCGCUGAACAUGUCACCGCCGUCACUGUUGCCAUAAAGAAUAAGAUGGAUCUAGCCCUCGGUGUCGCGGUUGGUUCUUCCAUGCAGAUUGCACUUCUCGUUACCCCACUUAUGGUCAUUAUAGGAUGGAUCAUCAAUCAGCCCAUGAGCUUGUACUUCAAUCUCUUUGAAACCGCUGUUAUGGUCAUCGCUGUCUUGAUGGUCAACUAUCUCAUCAUGGACGGAAAGAGUAACUGGCUUGAAGGCUUAAUGCUUUUCUGCGUGUAUAUUAUCAUUGCUAUUUCAAUUUAUUACUACCCAGCAAAUGACGGUGACUCCUUGUCAACUGCAACAAACUCAACUUCAACGUAAAUCAUAUUGCUCGACUUGACCUACAAAAAGGUUUAUCGAGACCUUGACAUAGUCUUUAGUUUAUAGUUAUAGAGACCUGUUGACUAUUUAAUGUAACCAAAAAUUUCCCGCAUCUGAACACAAAGCAUUGUGGUUUUCCAUUUUUCAUUAUUGAACACAUAAGGAGAAGUAAUCAAAAGGUGUUACCAAGGAGUCAGUAACGGAGGAAUACUA